CGGCCGCGCGCGGCCAGCCUCACCCGGCGCGCCCGCCGCCAACGGCCUCGACGCUCAGCAGAGGAGUGCCGCCAUUGAGAAGUGGGAGCGGUACCUGUCGACGCCGGUGGCGCGGCCGCGGCGCGCCCUUGACCUGACCCCCACGCUGGCAGAUGAGGUUGGCGAGCGCCAGACCCUGAGUUCGCCGGCCGGCCGCCGGUCGUCGCUGCUGUCGUCCGACUCGGCCGCGGCCGCCGCCUCCUCCUCCUCCCGGCGCCGACCUGCCGACAGUCCGCCCCGGCAGGCAGCCCGCCUGCCGGGCCUCACCGGCCUCAGGAACAUCGGCAACACGUGCUUCAUGAACUCAGUCCUGCAGUGUCUGAGCAACACGCGCGCCCUGCACGACUACAUCCUGCGUGACGAGUACUCGGCCGACAUCAACACCACCACGUCCUCCAUGAAAGGCGCGCUCAUCAGAGCGUUCGCGACGCUCAUGUCCGACCUCUGGAAGAAGACGGACCAGGCGGACGUGGUGCUGACCACGGCGCCGUUCAAGUCGCAGAUCCAGCGGUUCGCGCCGCGCUUCAUGGGCUACCAGCAGCAGGACGCGCAGGAGUUUCUUAGGUACCUGCUCGAGGGUCUGCACGAGGAUGUGAACCGCGUCACCAGCCGACCCCGGCCCAUCACCACCGACAUCGACGACAGUCUCAGUACCAGUCAGCAGUCCAUGGAGGCCUGGAAGCGUUUUCUGCGCCUGGAAAACUCCAAGUUUGUCGACCUGUUCGUGGGCCAGCUCAAGUCUACCCUGAGGUGCACGGUGUGCGGGCACGCGUCGGUUACGUUCGAUCCCUUCUGGGAUCUGAGCCUGCCGAUCCCGUCCAAGACGGGCCAGGUGCGACUACAGGCCUGCUUCGACCUCUUCACCAAGGAGGAGGUCCUCGACGGGGACGAGAAGCCGACGUGCGCCAAAUGUCAGAAGCGCCAGCGGUGCACCAAGGGCUUCUCCAUCCAGAAGUUCCCGCGCAUCCUGGUGGUGCACCUGAAGCGAUUCUCGCCGCAGGAGCGCUUCCGGGGCAAGCUCGGCUGCGCUGUCGACUUCCCGGUCAGCGGCCUCGACCUCAGUCCGUACUCGGCCGGACAGGGGCCCUGCAAGUACAACUUGUACGGCGUGGCCAACCACUCCGGCACGCUGUUCUCGGGCCACUACACGGCCUACUGCCAGCACCCGCUCUCGGGCGACUGGUACGAGUACAACGACUCGCGGGUGCGUCCCAUCUCGUCGCGCACGGUCAGCAGCAGCGAAGCGUACGUGCUCUUCUUCGAGCUGGCCGGCUCCUCGCACUGCUAGUCGACCGCCGACGCCGCCUCGCGUUGCUGGCGCGCGGGCCGAGUCUCGGCCGGCCUCUCGAGUCCCGAGAGACCGGCUCGAGUCUCGUGCCUCGGCGUCUUGGGCAGGACGGCGGAGCGGCGCCACUACCGGGAGGUAGCUGCCGUCGGACGGCGUCCCGCAGGUUCUGUGGGGCGACCGCCACGCUCACGAGCGGCGGCGUGAUCGCGGUCGGCUUGCGUCGGCGCCUGAUUGGCCGGGGCCUUGGAGCGGCGGCCGUCGGAUUGGUCCAGUCGCCGGCGCGGCGCGGCGGCUCGGACAGGAGGCUGGUGGCGGCGGCGGCGGACCAGCCCGCUACCGCAGCCGCCCGGAGGUCGGGUUGGGAGCACCGUUCGAUGCCGCUGCGACCGGGACUGGUUCGUGUACGAUGUAUAAAAAUCGUGCGGGUGUUCAAGAGUCACUUGUUGAAAAUUUGGCACGUGUUCGAUAUCGGCUUUUGUAAAGCCAGCGCGAUCGCCGGCGGUAACCGAAUGAUCAGUGUCGAAAUAUCUAGUCAAUGCCGCGUGCGUUUUGUUCGGGGCUCAUACCGCUCUGGGGAGCGUCAAUUGGAAAGAUAACAAUAAAUGAAUUGAAGUGUUAGCGAGCAUUGUGCUUUUAUACUUCUGGUGAGACUCUUCAUGUUGUUGAUUACGGUACGAGUGGUGUGAGUGUUAGUGUUACGAGUAAAACGAGCUGGAGUUCCAGGAACGAUCUGGUUUACUGACUCAGGACCCCGCUUUCAAUUUUCGGUGAUAUGAUGAUGAGAAAAGAUUUGCCGUCCGAAGCACAAAGGCUUAAACGUGAUGUUUGGGAAGUGGAAUCAUAUGACUUAGAACAGCUCAGAGAGCUCGGUCUGGUGUGUCCAAGGUUUGAAAAACUUGCUUCCAAACUGUGUACAUUAAAAAAGGCAAUCUGGGUAUUUUGAAUUCGCCAAAACCUAAAAAUGCAUCUGAACAACUGCUGAUGCUUAGGCUUUCUUUCCGAUUGACGGCAGGUAUACCGGAAACGAAAACGUCAUGAGAUGACGAAGUCGGCUGUUUUUCAAUGCUCUAUACAAUGCCAGGCCACAAUGAAUCGCGACAUCUUUCCAGCAUAUUCUGCAUGCC